AUGUCCACGGGUCGCGUGCUGUUCGGCGCGGCGGUCGUCGCGGCGGCGGUUCGCGCGCCGGGGUGGCUCGUCGCGGCGAGGGCGGCGAGGAAGAGGACGCGCACGCAACACAGGGGCGGCGUCGGCGGCGCGAAGACGGCGGGCGUCGUGGGCGGGGGGUCGCCGCAUCACACGCUGAAAUCGCACCCGUUGCAUCCGGGAAGCAGAGACGCGGGCGUCUCGGGCGCGCGCGGGCGCGUCGAGGAGGUGGCGAGCGGCGCGCGCGCGGGGAUGUUCUUCUCGCUGUCCGCGCUCGCGGUCAAGAUCGGGUUCACGCUCCGCGCGAACCGGGGCUCGACGACGUAUCUCGUCGUCGGAUUAGGACUUUUGCCGGCGUCUCUCUCCGCCCACACCUCGCUUUCAAUCCCCGACGUCGAUGCCUUUGAACGCCAACUGACGCCUUUGAACUCCACCCCGACAUCGCUUUGUAUGGAACGACCCUUAGCCGCGUCGGGCGCGUUGACGGCGCGCGGGUUGAUAUGCCAGACGAAAGGCCUCAAGGACGGCAACAGCGUCGUCGUGUGCACGUGCGGGAACGUCGCGCAGAUGAUAACGUCCGUGGUGCUCGGCGUUUUGGUGCUCGGCGAGCGGCUGCCGCUGUCCACGUGGGCGCGCUUCCGGGGGUGGGCGCUCUCGUGGACGCUCGUGUUGGUUGGCGUCGUCGUCAUCAGGCGCGUUCGUAUUCACACUGGUUCCCAUACGACCGCGUCGGCGUGGUGA